ACACAUCCGACGAUACAAUGAGCGAAAUGAAUAAAAAUGCACAUAAAAAGACGUCGAGUAAAAUACAUACUAAUGAAGCAGUUUGAAGGGAUUCCAAAAAAUGCAACAAAGAGCCGAGGGAGCGUGCAAGACCGCUGAGCUCCACUAGAGGGAGACGUCGGCCAGCCAGCGCGUGGAGCCUGACGUCGGCAGGAAAUCCCAAACGGUGUCGCAAGGCGCACUUACGCCAGGAUGUGACGAAACUUCCCGCACACGCUUGCGCAAUUUCGGAAGCCGUCUGGUGGUCCAAAGCGGCAGUCUGUCAUCUUUCGGGGUCUCGCCAGGCACCCGGAUGCCAAUGCGUGUUUGCAGCCCGCCGAACUGCCGGCUUGCUUCCCCUCCGGACUUUUCCUGGCCCUCGCUCAUGUCGUCCUGCGUCUUCCUCCUGAACUCUUUGCUGGUCGCUGCGUUGACGCCGGACCUCCGGCCCUCGCCCGGUCCGCCAGACAGAGGAGGUUUUUUGGAGGCGCGGUCCCGAGACCCGGGCAAGUCCGCGGUCGUGCGGGUCCUGGAGGGCGAGGCGGCGUGGCUGCGUUGCCCCCUUUCCCGCCGGGCGUCGUUCUCCAACCUUUCGUCCUCGCACGAGCUGCUGUGGUACCGCCUGCCGCCGGGACAACACCUGAAGGAGCCAAUCACGCACAGCGCGCGUCUCAGCAAAGAGGACGACAUGUUGUAUUUUCAGCCGGCGGCGGCCGAGGACAAGGGCUCCUACGUCUGCCAGCUCGGCCGCUGCUCCGAGUGCGUCGAGACGGCGGCGCGCGUCAGCGUGGUCCGGCCAUGCGACUUAGCGGUCGCGUGCCCGGGCGGCGUCCGGGAAUGCGACUUACCGGUCGCGGUGGCGCCCGCUCAGGCGGCGGUCCCUUUGCAGAGCGGCGACACUCUGGACUGCCCCGACUGGCAAGAGGCCCGCCGAAUGGCCGACGCCCCGCCCGCCGUCACCUGGAGUGCGUGCCGCCUUCGGGCUGGACGCGCGACCGCCAGCAGGUCGGCCCCCGCCUGCAGAUCCACUCCAUGCUGGACCACUACCAAGGCGUUUACCGCUGCCAGGUCCGCUACCGGAGGGCCGGGAGAGCGCUUCACUUCACUCGCGGCGUCAACGUCACCGCCGUCUGUGAGCGCCCCGCCCGCCCGCACGCACGCACACACGCACAGACGUUCCGCCGGGCCUGCCCAAAGAGCCGAGCAUCCUGCAGCCGACGCCCGAGCACGUCUUCACCGUCGAGCCGGGUUCGGACGUGCGUCUGGUGUGCAGGGGACACUUCCCCUACUUGGAUUCGUCCAACUGGUCCAUCUGGUGGAGCGUGGACGGCGACGCGGUGGACCGGCUGGCGGACCCCCGAUUCUCCGCGAGCAGCCGACACGUGCGCUCCGACCACGGCGACCGCUACGAGGACAGCGCCCUGCUGAUCCGCGACUUCGCCGCCGCGGACCUCGGCAGGACGUACGAGUGCUCGGUGAGGAACCGGCGAGGGUCGCAGACGCGGAGAGCUCGCCUGGAGGAGGAAGUUGGAGCCACCCCGACCUCCCCCGGUCUGACAUCCGAGUCCGACAGUUGACAAUACGAAGACUUUUGGCCCGCCCCAAACCUUCAAGCGUGACCUCAGCUGCUCGACGGCCGACCUGUUUGUGUCCCCCUAACCCCCUUCGUAGCGACGAAGCCGACGCUGGAGCUGGCCUGCGGCCUGGCCGCGGCCCUGGCGCUGUCGCUGUCCCUCCUGGCGCUGUACCAGGUCUUCCGGCUGGAGCUGCUGCUGCUCUACCGAUCCCGUUUCGGGAGCGACGAGCGCCACACGGACCUCAAAGAUUUCGACGUGUACAUCUCGUACGCCCGAAACAGCGACGAGGAGAAGUUUGUCCUGGGGACGCUGCGCCCGGUCCUGGAGAACCAUCUGGGCUACUCGGUGUGCAUCUUUGACCGGGACAGCCUGCCGGGGGGAACCAUCACGGACGAGACUCUGCGUUUUGUGGCUCGCAGCCGGCGCUUGGCGCUGGUGCCGGGCCCCGGCUACGCCCGCCAGGGCUCGCAGGCCCUGCUGGAGCUCAAGGCGGGCGUGGACGGCCUGGCGGGGGGCCACCUGC